GCAUCUCCGUAAGAGACCGAGCCGUGAAGCGGAUGGCCCAAGGGUCAGGUAAGUCCUGCGACAACAACGACAGGGAAGAGCGGGACUGCACCAAAGCAAGCUGCCCAGUGGACUGUGAAUGGGAAGACUGGGCCGACUGGACGGAGUGCUCCAAAAGUUGUGGGGACGCCGAGCGCUUCGCGGAACGAGGCAGCCGCGCUGCCGAGUUCGGCGGGCGCCUGUGUUCUGGUUCCUCGCAGAAAACGGAGGCUUGUCACUUAGAUGACUGCCCCGUGGAUUGUAAGUGGAGCGAUUGGUCGGACUGGGGCGGCUGCUCAAAGACAUGCAAUGGGGGGAAGGAGAGCAGAUCGAGGGAGAGCACGCCUGGCAACUCCCAGGGAAAGCCAUGCACUGGAGAGGCGCUCAACACCAGGACUUGUGGCGAGAACAUUUGUCCCACCGACUGCGUGGUUGGCGACUGGCUAGCUUGGGAGCCCUGCAGCGUGUCCUGCGGCAGCGGCACUGCAGAGCGGAAGCGCAGCAUCAAGCAGCAGCCGGCCUAUGGCGGGGAGGACUGUCCUGCCUCGGUGGAGUCCAAACCCUGCAGCCCAGAGGAGAUUUGCGCUGUCGACUGCGUCUGGAGUGAGUGGAGCGAGUGGCAGGCCUGCUCUGCAUCCUGUGGUCACGCGACAUCGCGGCACACUCGAACGGUCGUUGUGGAAGCCAACGAAGCGGGCAAGCCCUGUACCGGAAAGGACCAGGAGGAGAUCACAUGUAGCUUCUUGGAGUGCCCCGUGGAUUGCGCACUGGCCGAGUGGUCUGACUGGUCAGACUGCAGUGUCUCUUGCGGACCAGGGAUCAUGGAGAGGACUCGUGCCGUGGAUGCAGCUGCGCAGCACGGUGGGAAGGAAUGCAGCGCUCAGGACCUGCUCUAUGAGAAGAAGUACUGCAGCCUUCCCACAUGCCCUGUUGAUUGCGAGUGGGUCGACUGGUUGGACUGGAGCAGUUGCUCGACCAGCUGCGGGGACGGCCACUCCUCGCGCACACGCAUGGUCAAGACAGAGAAGAUGUACGGUGGCAAGGAUUGUGUUGGCGAGACAGCACAAGAUCGCGAUUGUGACAACGCGGCCUGUCCAGUCGACUGCGUGUACGGAGACUGGACGGCCUGGAAGCAGUGCAGCACUACUUGUGGCACAGGUGCGCAGCACAGAAGCCGCGAGGUGCAGUCACCUGCAGAGAAUGGUGGCCUGCCCUGUCAAGGCUCAACAGAUGACACGCAAGAUUGCACAGAACGGCCCUGCCCGGUGGAUUGCCAAUGGAAGGAUUGGCAAGAUUGGGAGCCAUGCACAAGCUCGUGUGGAACAGGAGUUCACAAGCGAACGCGUCAGAAGACCGACGCGCAGAACGGCGGUCUGGAAUGCGAGGGCGAUGACUCUCAAAGCAUAGACUGUCCAACGCUUCCAGACUGUCCCGUGGAUUGCCUUUGGGAGGACUGGACCGCCUGGAGCGCAUGCACUGCAUCCUGUGGGCUGGGUGUGGUGACGAGGAGCCGCAAGCGAGCGCACUACGAGUCGCACGGUGGCCACGUUUGCUUUGGCACUGAGGACGACGAGGCACCUUGCGAUUUGCCGCCGUGCCCCAUGGACUGCUUCCUGGAGGACUGGGCGCCCUGGUCCGAAUGCUCGACCUCUUGUGGCAACGGCACUCACAUCAGAAGCCGCAGCGUCACCUUCGCAGCCAACGGUGGCAAGGAGUGCGAUUCGCCGCAGCUCCAGGACAUAAAGGAAUGUGGAAUCACACCUUGUCCGGUUCACUGUGAACUCGCAGACUGGUCGCCAUGGACCUCCUGCUCCAAGAGCUGUGGAGGUGGAAUGGCCUCGCGGUCCAGGGGUGAGGAAGUCGCAGCCAAAUACGGAGGUCACGGUUGCCAGGGGCCAGUUGCAGAAGAUGAGGCUUGCAGCGCUCAGCCCUGUCCGUUGGACUGCGAGUGGGGUGCUUGGACGGAGUUCGAUGCGUGCUCUGCCUCCUGCGGUGGAGGAAAGAAGCGGAAGAAGCGGAUCGUCUGGGUGGCACCUGCCAACGGUGGCGCAGAUUGUGAGGGCCUGCCGAUUGACGAGGAGUCCUGCAACGAGCAUCCCUGUCCUGAUGACUGCCACUGGAGCGAGUGGACAAGCUUCACAGUCUGCAGUGCCACCUGUGGUGGCGGGACGUCCCGUCGGACAAGGAGCAUUGUCAAGGAAGAAUCAGACGGCGGCACUCCUUGCGACGGAGACACUGCGGAAGAAUUACCCUGCAACACGCAAAGCUGUCCUGUGGACUGCCAGUGGGAUGAGUGGAGCUCCUGGACUGCUUGCAGCAAAUCGUGCGAGGGCGGCGUGAUCCAGCGCUUCCGUAAUGUCGUUGAACCCGGUCGGAACGGAGGCUCCAGUUGCGUCGGCGAUGCAGAGCAGGAAGCUCCCUGCGAAGCCAGCAGCUGCCCUGUUGACUGUGUGAUCACAGACUGGUCGGAGUGGUCGGCUUGCUCCACAUCGUGCGAUGGUGGUGUCAUUGUCAGGUUCCGAGCUGUUCAAGUUGAACCGGCCACCGGGACGGUUUAA